CAUAUCGAUUUUCACCUAUAUCAUAUUGUGUAUUAUAGGAUAUUGAUAACUAUGGUUCUCGUGUUGAUAGGGAGAAACUUGGGAUUGGGUGUAGUUGUUUUAAUAAUGAGUGUUAUCUUGUAAGAUGUAAGUCCAAGUUAUGCAUCGAAGAAAUGAUUAUUUUCCUGGAAUAAAAAAGGGUAAGGAGGCAUCAUUUUUGGGAUUGACUACCAUAGGGAUUGAAAGGUUGUUUUGGAUGAUCAUCAUUUUGAAUAGAACUGCUUGUGUUGUUUCAAAGAAAUAGAACCAUCUAAAUUGAUAUGUUCUCUAUGGUUAUGGCAUUAUUAUUUUAUGAAGCAUUGUACAGGUUGGAUACUUUUGCCAUUGGUAUGGGUAAAUUCUCAGGGCAGUUGUUGGGUCAGGAACUGGGAAAUUUCUGGCUGGAAGAGGAUUGGUUUUGCUAUUACAUGAUAGGCAUCUGUGUUCUCACUGAUUGUUGGGCAAGCUUGGGACAGAGAGAUUGUAUACUUCUGUGCUUGUGCAAUAUACAGCAACUGGUGGCCAAUGUUGUCAGCUCUCAUGUAUGUGGUAGUGCCAAUGCCUUGCUUAUUCUUUGGAGGUGGAUCUACUCAAUUUCUAACCAGCAGAGAUGGUGGAGGUUGGAUAGAUGCUGCUAAGUUCUUGACAGGAGCAUCAGCUGUGGGGAGCUUAGCAAUUCCUAUCAUCCUAAGACAUGCACAGAUGAUCGAGACAGGUGCUAUGUUCAUCGAAUUCACAUCAUUCUUCAUAUUUGUAUGCACUGUCUUAUGUUUUCACCGAGCUAAUCUCGAAGAUGAAUGGUGACCAACAAGGCACAUACAUGAUCUAUCGAGGACCUAUUUAUUCUGAUAGGCUGGAAUAUAGAAAUGAAAAUGGGAAACAUUCAAUCUGUAUAUGUUAUCGGUAUAUGUAUACCUGAGAAGCAGUUGAUAAUUUGAUUUGUGCUGUGUUGAAAUUGAAAAGUAA